CACCGCGUGGUGAGUGGUCGCUGCUCGCGCUGCUCAGACGUAGCCUCCAAAUGUCGUUCCCUCCGUAACGCGACCGAAAGUUCGGUGGUAGUCGGACCGGCUCGAGUCGUUGCUUUAAAGUCUGUUGUUCUACUACGCUCAGCGAUGAAAAUUCUGAUCGCGCUUUCAUCGCCAAAAGUGCGUUGACUGCACAGGCGCGUGGUGCAGAUUAGAUGUAUUAUGGUGGUGUAAAUUGGUUGCAAUUGUAAAAGCUGUCUGGAGGUGAUAAACUCGAUCUUGCAGUUUAGAUUAUCUGCUCGUGUCGUUGGGUUUUACAAUCGAGGGCGUAUCGUGCAACUCUUUGAAACAAUGAUAUUGGGACGUGAGCUUUGCUGAUAAGAAAAAGAAGUAAUUAGUGAGGUUUAGAGCUAUGUCCGCUUCAAGCUUCAACCUGUAAAGUUGAACUUUUCCUAGAAAAGUGGGUUGAAACAUCGACAAGGAGAAGCUAAAGUAAUAAAGGUUUAUAUAUCGAGAUGAAAUUGUGAGGAUUCAGUGUUGGGCUUAUUGUAAACGGUGUGUCUGGAGUUCGGCGCUCACCGACAAACAUUCGUUAUAGAGAACGUUUCACGUGUGCAAACGGCCAUGACGUCAAAACUUCGAUGCGGACGACAGCCCGUCGCCGGUCGAUGCUCCUGACUGCGUGGCAUCGUUCAGAGGACCCUGGAUAAGCCGGAGGGCUCAUCUCGCGAACAAGUUAAACAUGACAAGACACGCCGUGCUCGUUUGGUGCCUGUGUUGGCUUCAGCAUUUCGGCUGUGCACUUAGUGCAGUUCACCGCGGGGAGGAUGGAAGCGGGCCGCGACUGGUGUUGGAACCACAGAGCGUGGUGCGCUUUUCGAGCGAGACGGGUGCCGUGCUGCCAUGUGCGGCGGAGGGACGUCCCGCUCCCGCUAUCACGUGGGAGAUGACUGACGGGAGCCCGGCCAACGACAUUCCCGGCGUCAGAGAGACCCGUCCGGACGGCUCGCUCGUGCUGCGCUCUUUCGGCUCUUCGCUGUUCAGGCCAGAGAUUCACUCGGCCACGUACCGUUGCGUGGCCUCCAACGCCCUGGGUCUGGUCAAAAGCCGCCUUGUCCGCGUCCGAGCAGUGCUGGCGGAGAAUUUCGUGCCCGUCGUGCAGGACGUGUAUGCCAUACGAGGUAACGCUGCCGUCCUGCGGUGCCACCUACCGGCUGCCGUGAAGGACUACAUCACGGUGGUGUCGUGGAUGCGCAGCGAUGGAGUGGUGGUAGGCAGCCGCGGCAACGCUGUACAGCAGGGUGCGGAAGGCCGUUAUGCUAUGCUGCCGACUGGUGAGUUGGUAGCACGAGACCUAGGGGCGACGGCCUCCGAAGCGUUCUACACCUACCGGUGCCAGGUGCGAAACGCGUUCACCGGCCAGACACGUCUCAGCGACACUGCGGGAAAGAUCGUCGCCACUGAGCCAGUGAGCGAUCUGGCACCUCGCAUGACAGAGACCCGGAGGCUGGUGCACGUGGUGCAGGGACAGGAGGCUGCGCUGCCAUGCAUUGCCCAGGGUCACCCACCCCCUGGGUAUUUCUGGUUUCGUGUCACCGACCGUGCACGGAAGGGUCCAACUACCGGUUCGGGCAUCGUCGGUGACGUCGUUGCCCUGAGGCCGUCGGACAGAGUGCUGCUUCGGUUCGGAGGGUCGGUACUGGCAUUACUUGCGGCCAGCGUCAAGGACGGCGGAAAGUAUGUCUGCCUUGCGAACAGCACGGCCGGCCAGGAGAAGGUCUACACGGACUUGCUCGUCUCCGCGCCACUAUCUGCUCGCAUCGAACCAGCCGUGCAAGUGGUGGACGCCGGAAGAAGCAUCAACGUCAGCUGCCACGUGUCCGGGCAGCCCGUGCUCGGCGUGUUGUGGGCUCACAACGGCCAGCCUCUCUUCGCCUUAUCUCCUGGCCGCGACGGAAUCGGAAGCGGCGAUGCACCCACGACUCCCACAGCGAGAGUGCAGCUUCUCUCCCGUGACUUGCUGCGCAUCGCCUCAGCAAAGCGCCAGGACAGCGGCAUGUACCAGUGUCUCGCGUUCAACGAGGACGAUUCAGCCCAAGGAAGCGCGGAAAUCGUCGUUCGAGAGGAUGCUCCCGUGCUCAACCACGUGUUCUCCGAGCUUCUAGCGGUGCCGGGCAGCACCGUGUCUCUAAGGUGCGCGGCAUCGGGGAACCCACUGCCGCAAGUGACCUGGGCGCUCGACGGGGACUCUGUGCCGGAGAGUUACAACGUGCGAGUGGGCGAUUACGUCAGCAGUGAACGCCUGGUGCACAGCUACGUGAACUUGACGGGUGUCCGGGUGGAAGACGGCGGCCUCUACGCCUGCGAGGCGCGCAACGCUGCUGGCCAGGCCUCGCACUCGGCGCGCCUAGUUGUGCCGGGGAGACCCGUGCUACGACGACCGAUGCGAAACGUCACGGCGCUCGCAGGUCGCACCAUGGUCCUGCACUGUCCCGUGGCCGGACAUCCCAUUCGCAGCGUUACUUGGAAGAAAGACGGCCGUUGGCUUCCACAGAACCACCGACAACGCAGUUUCCCGAACGGCACGCUGGUGGUGAACCAAGUGCAGCGCGGCCAGGACAGCGGCAUUUACGGAUGUGCGGCUACAGAUCCGGAAGGAAACAUGGCUGGGGGAGAGCUCACUGUGCGCGUAAUGACUCCCCCCGUGUUGAGCCCUUUCAACUUUCCGAACGACCUCACGGAGGGCAAGCGGGCCGGUGCCGCCUGCAUCGUGUCCGACGGGGACCCGCCCAUCUCCAUCGGAUGGCUCAAAGACGGCCGGCCUCUGGACGAGACGGCUCUUGGCGCAACCGUGUCCCGAACCAAUGACUACACGUCGUUCCUGUCCAUCACUGCUGUUCGCCAGGAGAUGCACUCGGGCCUCUACACUUGCGUCGCCUCCAAUCCGGCCGCAUCAGCCAAUCGCAGUGCGACGAUGGUCGUUCGAGUGGGGCCCCGGUGGCGUCAUCGGCCAGAGGACAAGGCGGCGACCAUGGGCCAGCCAGUGUCGUUCGACUGCCAGGCGGACGGGUUUCCCGUGCCCGUAAUACGCUGGAAGAAGGAGCGCUUGUCGGAGGACGGCGGCCGCCAGUUUGCGACGAUCACCAGCAGCGCCCGCGUUCGGGUGCUGGAGAACGGCUCACUCGCCAUCGACGACGUCGAACGCUCGGACGCCGGUCGCUACCUGUGCCAGUCGCAGAACGGGGUGGGACCGGGCGUGUCGACCGUCGUCAAGCUCGACGUCCACGUGGCAGCACACUUUGCCGAGAAAUUCAGGGCAGUCACGGUGCGGCGUGGGGAUGCGGCCAGUCUGGAGUGCAGGGCUCAUGGCGACCCGUCCAUCAGUCUCAGCUGGACCAGGGACGGCCGCCGUUUUGACGCAGCUCAGGAGCCCAGGUACGCGGUCGAGGGGAAUACCGGCAGCUCCUGGUCGGAGUCCGUGCUGCGCAUCACCGGCGCGGACCGCCGGGACUCUUCGCUCUUUAUGUGCCGCGCGGAGAACGCUUAUGGUGCGGACGAUGCCAGCUUCCGGCUCAUCGUACAAGAACCCCCGGAUAAGGUCGAGGGUCUCGAGCCCACGCACAUAUCGAGCCGAACAGUGACUCUGGCCUGGUCGGCUCCAUACUCUGGCAACAGCCCGGUGUUAAAGUACCUGCUUGAACACAGGACAUUAUCUGGAACUUGGGCGCGUGAAACGGACGUCUCCACCACGCAUCCAACCGAGGCGCUAUCACAUGUCGUGGACGGGUUGCAACCCUCCACCAACUACGAAUUCAGAAUCCGAGCUGGCAAUGUCCUCGGACUGGGCGACUUCAGCGAUCCUAUCAUAGUGACCACCAAGCAAGAAGCUCCAGGCGGCAUUCCACAAGACAUCAAAGUGACGCCAGCUGGCUCUCGCAGCCUGCACGUGACGUGGAAGCCACCGCCCGAGGAAGUCAAAUACGGCGGAGUUCAAGGCUACUACGUGGGCUACCGCGUGUGGGGCAGCGGGCAGCCCUAUUUGUACAAGACUCUGGAGAGCGGCCUGCCUUCCUCUUCGCCGUCCCAAAAGCAACAGUGCCUCCUCGGCGAGCUCCGCCCUCGGACCCGCUACGGUAUCGUGGUGCAGGCUUUCAACGCUGAGGGUGCUGGGCCAUCGUCAGACGAAAUCGUCGCCUAUACACCGGACGUUGACCUUCCCGUUCCUCCACGACUAAAGCUGGUCUCAUCUACAUCUUCCUCGAUCCAACUCAGCUGGGUGGCACCGAAGAAUCAGCCUAUCGACGGCUACCUCUUGUUCUACAAAGGUGAACCAGGACUAGAAACCUCAAACGCCGUCGUUCAGGAGGCGCCCGAAUGGUCAUCCGUGCAAACUACAGCCGAGAGGUCAACGUACGUGUUUCGCGGCCUGAGCUGCGGUGGAAGUUACGUCUUCUACGCAUUGGCAUUCAACUCCGCAGGUCGAGGAGCCCGCAGCAAUGUCUUGCUGGCCAAGACCGACGGGUCAGUUCCAGUGGCUCCCGACUUACGAGACCUGGUUUCGGCGAGCCCGACUCGCGCUGUCCUGCGACUGGCCGCGUGGAAAAGCGGCGGCUGCCCAAUCACUUCGUUCACCGUGCUUCACAGGAGACAUUCCGCGCACGACCACUGGGACCCUCCGGUCACUGUGCAUGCGCCAGACGUGUCCGAGUUAUCCAAGCUGCCGCAGGAGCUGGUCAUCAGGCACCUGACACCGGCGACGCGAUACCAGCUGCUCGUCACGGCGCACAGCGAGGCCGGCUCAACACACGCCGAGUACGUGUUCGUCACGCCUACGCUCUCCGAAGGCGCCUUGUCAGCACCUCACUGGACGCAGGCGACUGAUCCGCAACGUCGAAUCGUCGAUGUCAUCGUGCCCGUUGUAUGCACUGUGCUGGUGACGCUGCUAGGCGCUGUCGUGGUGGGCUACGCCAUGUCCCGCAGACGCCUUUCAGCGCUUCGCAGACGCCGGUUGGUUUGGCGUCCAGGAGACGAGAUCUCUGCGUCUGACUUGGCCAGGAAGUCCGUCGAAGAGGUGCCCAUGUGCGCGUGCGAGAAGCCAGCACUGCAGGAGCAGCAGGACGUUUCGGCGUCUCGGUCCGAGCAGCUCUACUUGCCGUCGCCUUUCGGUCCCCGGAUGCUGCCGUGCCACUUCGCUGACGUCACCGAUGGAACACUCGUCGACGCGGGAACGCUAACUCGGUGCCUUCCGACCGUUCACGAAGACAUCGAGCUCGAUGCGGGGAACUGCGAAAAGCGGUCCGCGUAUGAUGUGCCUUUCGCGCCCAGAGAUUCAGUGCAAAAGCUAGCGGAACGUGACGACCUUCUUGCUUCGGCGGAGCGUCUGACUACGGCGAAACAAGAUUUCUCACUAGCGCAACGCACCAGUCAAGACCAAGGAAGCACUGAAUCCGAGCCGAGCAACUAGCCGUGAGGUUUUUAGCAAUCAGUAAAACCUCGUGGACCCACGUCCCGUGUCCCCUCUUUUUUACGCCAUGAGAAGCGGGGUCGUAUUUUUGACGACGAAGGUGUUCGGAUAAUAGUGGCCCAACUCGUGCGAAGUCUCCCGAGGGCAGCUCUUACUGGACCAAGUGUGACUGAAAAUAGGAAUCGUUCUGCCUCGACGUCGGAGCGUCCCGGCACGGUACUCGGCGUGCGGUGGCUCCACCUGUUGGGGAACGAAGAUGAAGGCAAGGUCGAUGUCGGUGGCGGAUGGGCUAAACCUACAAGAUGCCGCGGGAUCAUCUGGGAUUUGCGUUUUUUGCCUUGUACCUCGAAGACCCAUCCUCAAUCUCGUCUUUCCGGCACUCUCUCUGUGACGAGAAUUACGACCACAGUUCGAACAAAUUACAUGCGGUGUUUAUAAGAUUUCGUACAUAAACAUUUUGUUUAGCUUACAGA